GGGCGGGGGGCAGCUUUCUCCCUGGAAGGAGAACCCCGGGGAGGGGAGCCAAGAGAGCAGCCCUGGACCCUGGUGGGGUCAUGCUGUCCACACCGUAGCUGCCAGCCAGGGGCUGCUCUCCCCUCUUCCAGAGCUCUGCUGCCUCGUGGGGGGAAAUGAGUGGGAGGCCAAAGCCAAGAAGGGGCGCCAGGCUUUUUCGGGCUCAAUCGGAAGAAGCCGGCAGCAGCGCCAGUCUGCAUGUCGCGCUCCUGGAGUGCGGAAGCCCCGACCCCAACGGGCUGACCCGGUCCACGAAGAUGGUCCUAAGCACCUUGUGGAUCCUGACGCUCCUCCUCGUAGGACUUGGAAAUCAUAGGUGGCUUAAAGAAGCAGAGUUUCCUCAGAAAUCCAGACACUUUUAUGCUUUAGUUGCAGAAUAUGGUUCAAGGCUUUAUAACUACCAGGCCCGACUUCGAAUGCCGAAAGAGCAACUGGAGCUUUUAAAGAAGGAAAGCCAGACUUUGGAGAACAACUUCCGUGAAAUUCUAUUUUUAAUUGAACAAAUAGAUGUUCUGAAAGCACUCCUUAGGGAUACGCAGGAGGAUUUGCACAGCUACAGCUGGAACACGGACCAGGAUGAGGACCAGGACCCCAUGGAGGCCACCGAUGAGGAAAUGUCAAACUUGGUAAAUUAUGUCCUUAAAAAGUUGAGAGAGGACCAAGUCCAGAUGGCCGACUAUGCGCUUAAAUCAGCAGGGGCCUCUAUUGUGGAAGCCGGGACCUCAGAAAGUUACAAAAAUAAUAAAGCAAAACUUUACUGGCAUGGGAUUGGGUUCUUAACUUAUGAGAUGCCUCCAGAUAUUAUCCUCCAGCCGGACGUCCACCCUGGGAAGUGCUGGGCCUUCCCAGGUUCCCAGGGUCACGCCCUGAUCAAGCUUGCCAGGAAGAUCGUGCCAACCGCCGUUACCAUGGAGCACAUCUCAGAGAAGGUGUCUCCCUCAGGGAACAUCUCCAGCGCACCCAAGGAAUUUUCUGUCUAUGGCAUCUCGAAACAGUGUGAGGGAGAAGAGAUUUUCCUAGGUCAGUUCGUAUAUAACAAAACAGGAAGCACUGUUCAGACAUUCGAGCUCCAGAUGACGUCCUCCACGAGGGACGGUCCCGCCCGAGUGGGAGUGGGCUUCCUUCCCUGUAAGGCCCGUGCCUCCCCUCGUUCUGCAGGAGAGAAGAGCCAGGAAGGCACGAGCUUGGGGGAUCAGCAUAAACCUCGGCAAUGGUCCUUCCCGAUCCCAGGAGCCAGAGCUCGGCCUCCUUUUGGGACCCGAUGUCGUAAAGAAGCCCGUGUGGUCAGUGGCUCGGAUGCAGGGUGGAGGCUGAAGGAGAAUCAGGAAGAACAAAAUAGGGGGGAAACCAGAAGCUGAAGGAGAGGAGGACAGAUGUCAGCAUCCGGAGCCUUCGCGGGGACCCAACGUCCUUUCCCAGGAGGGGCCCCCCCUCUGUAGGUGCUUCCCGCCACCCUGCGCUCCCCAUCGGCACCCACAGGCACAUCCCCGGGCCUCCAGCACCUCUGCAGCCGUGGUUUGUAGCGUCCUCCGUGUGUCCUACCGGGGACCCCAGCGUCGUGUCUGUAACCAUCUGGCU